UGAUUUUGCAGAGUUCGACGCGUUCCUGGGUCAACAAGGGAGGGGCUUUGAAAAAAACCUUUCAACCAAUCAGCGCAGUCACGCGAGCUCGUUCAAUUUGAGCGCGCAUUUCUACCACUUUCAACCUAUGCGUCACUUCGCAAAGUUCGCAUCCAUUUUGUGGAUUUGUGCAGAAUUCUCAGAAUCGAGAAGAAUUAUCAUCAGAAGUGAUCAUUCAUGGAGAAAGAAAAAGGGUCCUUUGGUGUGCCCUCAUUAACAGAAGAGUCUUUGGCGACAUUAAAUGAUGGGAUGUGGCUGAAUGACAUUGUAAUGGACAUUCAGUUGAGAUCUGUUCAUGAUGAAUUACGACCACAUAGAAGGCGAAAAUCUUUGAUCUACCCAGUGCACUUUUACAGUAAGCUAAAAAACAGUGGAUACACAGAUGUCAUCAGAUGGACAAAGCAUGAGGACAUUUUUCGUAAGGACUAUCUUUUGAUAGUUGAAAAUGCCUUUGGAAAUCACUGGAGACUCAUGAUUGUGUGCUUCCCUGGAAAUGAAGAAGGGGAAUAUAUCAAAACUGGGCGAAAAAUGGUAGAAAAGAGGCCUUGCAUUUUAAUGCUAGACUCCAAGCCUGCGCAACUGAGUGAUAGCAUGGAGGUUUUCCAAAAUAUACGAAGUUACUUAACAGGAAUGUGGAAAAACAAACAAAAAAAGCCCCGGACAUUUUCUGCGGCUUCUAUGCCAGCCCUGAAAGUACGGGUACCUGAACAGCAGGGAAACUGCUCUGAAUGUGGCAUAUUUGUAUUACUCUGUGCAGAGCACUUUCUGAAUGAUCCUCCCAAAGAACUAAUCAAUGAGCUUGACUGUACAUCCUGGUUUACGCUGGCAGAUGCAUUUUCAAGGCGUGCACAAAUCAGGGACAAAAUACGAAGAUGUUUAGAAGGUGUUUUGUAGUGAUGAGCGAGUCACCCGAAACUCGGAUCAUUUAACCCGAUCCCUAAAAUGACUCGAGAACCAUGAGUCCUUAGUGACCAUUAACCCGAGUCAGUUGAGUCCUCUCAGAUUUU